AUGAAUAUUGAAAAUACUUCAAUCAUGAAUAAUCCAGGUUUAGGCUCUGUAACUGAUAAUGCUGCAGGGCUCACAAAUAUACCAGUUUCUAGUAAUACUGCUACUUCAUCGGUUAUAAAUGAAAUACCUAGCAGUAACAACUUUUCCUAUGGUAAUCCAACUGCUACUGCUACCGUUAAUUCUGUUCCAAACAACUUUAAUCAACAAAUUAGUAUGGAAUAUAAACCACAAAGAAAGAAUAAGAGAUUUAUCUUGACCAAAUACACCAUAUACGAAACAGAGAAAAGAAUGUAUAUAGUGGGGAGUAAUAAAAGGGAAAACAUGUUUAGAAUUUUGGAAAUAGAUUUAACACUUCCAUUGCAUACCCUAAGUGUUGUUGAAGAUAACAUUUUCUUUACAAGAGAUGAGGUUAUUAAAGUCUUGGCCGAAAUCGAUGGUGAAGAUGAAACAUUUCAUAAAAAAAUAACUGCAGAUGGGUUACUAGGUUUUAUACGGUUCACCUAUUGCUAUUAUUUGGUUGUGGUUACGAAAAAGUCGCAGGUCUCUGUAUUGGGAGGACAUUCAAUCUUUCACAUUGACCGGACCGAAUUGAUUCCCAUUUGUAGAAAUUACAAAAAACCAGAAAAAUCAUCCAACGAAACUAAGUUCAGAAAUAUUUUUGAUAAUUUGGAUUUAUCCAAAACAUUCUAUUUCAGUUACACUUAUGAUAUAACAAACACUUUGCAAACAAAUUUAAUGCGAGAAAAAUUAAAAUCUGUUGGGAGAUCUGACAUCCAGAUACCAACACAUUCGGGUAAUUCCUAUAAUAAAAUGUUUAUGUGGAAUGAAAAUUUGUUGAGGCCAUUAUUCCCCUGUAUUGAUACAGUCUAUGACUGGUUCCAACCCAUAAUUCAUGGUUUUAUUGACCAAGUAGAGGCGCUGGUGUAUGGCAGACGGAUAUAUAUAAUGUUAAUUGCUAGAAGGUCCCAUCAUUUUGCCGGGGCCAGGUUUUUGAAAAGAGGAGUUAAUAACAUGGGCUAUGUCGCCAAUGAAGUGGAAACAGAACAGAUUGUAGUUGAUAUGUUAAGAACUUCUUUUCAUGAUUCUCAAAGGAAAUUUUAUGGUAGCGAUAGAUAUUCUUCCUUUGUGCAACAUAGAGGAUCUAUUCCAUUAUUUUGGUCCCAGGAAGCCACUAAUUUGGCUGCCAAGCCUCCAAUCGAAAUAAAUGUGGUGGAUCCAUUUUUCAGUUGUGCAGCCUUGCAUUUUGAUAGGUUAUUCCAAAAUUACGGCGGAGGCCCAAUACAAAUACUAAAUUUAAUCAAGACAAAGGAAAAAACACCACGAGAGACCAAACUACUAAAAGAAUUUGAGCAAUGUAUUGAAUAUCUAAACCAGUUUCUGCAAGACAACAAGAAAUUACAAUAUACUUCUUGGGACAUGAGCAGGGCUGCCAAGGGGAGAGGUCAGGUUGUUAUUGAAUUUUUGGAAACAUAUGCCAUUAAAACUUUGGAACAAACCGGCAUUUUCCAUAAUAACAAAGACAUAGCAACAACAAAAUUACAAGAGGGUGUUUGUAGGACCAACUGCAUUGAUUGUUUGGAUAGAACCAACGCAGCUCAAUUUAUUAUAGGAAAGAGGGCGUUGGGUUACCAGUUGAAAGCAUUGGGUAUAAUAGACGAUACAUUUUUGGAAUAUGAUUCAGAUAUUGUUAAUAUUCUAACAGAACUUUUCCAUGACCAUGGUGACACAAUUGCAUUGCAGUAUGGUGGAUCGCAUCUAGUGAAUACGAUGGAAACCUAUAGGAAAAUCAACCAAUGGAGUUCACAUUCGAGAGAUAUGAUUGAAAGUAUUAAAAGGUUCUAUAGUAAUUCCUUUGUUGAUGCGCAAAGACAAGAUGCCAUCAAUUUGUUUUUAGGGCACUAUGUGUGGAAGAAGGGGCAACCCAAUAUUUGGGAAUUAAACACGGAUUUCUAUUUACAUAAUUCCAGCUCAAAGUAUGGUUCCCCUAAGAGAAGCUACAGACACUGGUGGAAUGACUAUGACAUACAGAGUGUAAAUGAGACUAUUCGUAGAGAGAUUAUAUCUAAAAAAAAUGAUUUAACCAUCAGGAAAAUCGUUAAAAAUGUUAGAGAAUAUCCAAGAACUGUUGACAAUUAUUGGAAUGAAUAUUAUAAUAUAAGGAUUUUUACCGACUUGGGUAAUUCCUUCGAGUAUAAAAUGAAUAGCACAAACAAUUAUAGAUUAAUUAAUGAGUAUAACGAAAGUAACGUCAAUAACUCAACUAAUAGAAGACAAAAAAACGCCCUUGGGAAAAUGGGCAAUAAUAAUACAAGUAGGAUAAACUCUAUUGAUGAUGUUGCCUCGCCAUUUACUUCCAACAAGUCCAAAAGUUUAAACAAUAAACUAAGAAGUUUAAGUCGAGAGGAAGAAUACAUCAAUGACAAAAAUAAGACAAGCGAACAUGAAAAUAAAGAUUCUCCGUUUCAAUUAAGUUCCUUGGAUGAGUAUGAAUUAAGUAUUACAACUUGGAAAAAAAUUCACAAAGAAAAUUUGAAAGCAAUUAAACAAUUGGAACGAAAGGUUGCUAUUAAUGAGUUUAACUUUGAAAAAGAAAUAGAAGAAGAAGAAGAAGAAGCAUUACCACUUGAUUCCAAUAAUUUUCGACAAAAUUAUAUCUUUUACAAAGAACAAGAACAAGAACAAGAGGAAGAGGAAGAGGAAGAAGAAGAAGAAGAAAAAGAAGAAAAAGAAGGGGGGGAUGGACAGGGGAAGAUGGAUAAAGAAGAGGACGUUGGCAUGCUACCGGGAUUAAUAACGCAAGUUACCGUUGAUAAAAAAUAUUACAAACAGAUAUUUGAUUACACAAACUAUAAACCUAUGGACGAUUAUUCUAGGAUAUUUGAAUAG